CUUGAAAUGAUGACAAGAAAGACAACAAUGCCGACAGUUUUAUACGAUGUUAUAAAUUGCAAAUUACAGUCAGUAUGUCACUUUUGCCAUUGUUUAACCUCAUUAAAAAUUUCAUAGUGACUAUUUACUAAAGCUUGUACCACGAGAAACAAUUCGCUUAUCUUGUUACUAACGAAAUAAAUUAUUUCAAUUAACUGUAUUAUUUGGAUACAAAGUAGGGCAGAAACGUUUUCCUAACUUUUUUUCUCUUGUGUUGAAACGAUUUUUGAGGUGCAUCUACAGUAUUACAAUACGCAGUAAUGGUUUCGUUUUUUGGUGAGAGUGCAUGCAAGAUAACGCAAGUUAAGGUUAUUCAAUUGCAAGAUGAUAGAUAACAUUACACGACUGAUUAUUUAUUAGUCAUUGAUAGACACAUAAUCUCUUGUAUUGCUUAUUUGUGAUAACAUGUGUGAGACUGUACUUCCUGCAUCAUUUGUCACUUAAUUGUGUAUUUUUCACUGAUCAAGCGGAUGAUCUAAGCAAUGUAUAAUAAUCUAAUUGAUAUGAAGGUACAUUGGAAUCAAUCUUAAAAUCAUCAUUGAAAUUUGUUGGCUUUUAUAAAUUGGAAAGGAUACAAAAAUGAGUAAAAUUCAAAAUGAAGCUAUUAUGCAAGAGAUAAUGGUACUUGGAAAGCUCCUGCAUCAAAAUGGAGAAAAAGUAUUAAAUGCAUCUGGCAAACUCUCUUUGUCAACUACUUUACUAUAUAAUUUAAAUGAAGCUUUUUCUCUGAUCGUUGAUGGAUGUGAAAAUUUAGAAGCUUCAUUUCAAGUAUGCAACAGCUCAAAAAUUGACAUUUUCCGUGACCUGAAAUUUCUACAUGACUUUGUGCAGAAGACAAUUGGACUAAAAGUGACUUAUUGUCCAAGCAAUCCUAAGAUACCCAUUGAUAUUACUAAAUUUAGGUGUUUGAAAUAUCUAGAAUUAAAAAAAAUUAACAUUGAUACUGUAAAAGGACUCAGAAGUGUUAGAGGCCAACUUGAAAGCAUUGUUUGUACUGGUAGAAAAGGAGUUUGUACUGUAAAACAACUCUUGGUAAAUUGUGGUGGUGAUACUGGUGUUGGGUUUGUAUGGGGUUCUUUGAGACAUUUGGCAUUACCACACAAUGCUCUUGAAAAAUUGGAUACAUCUUUAGAGUUAGUACCAUGGUUACAAGUAAUAGAUUUAAGUCAUAACUUGAUAACAUCUGCAGAUGAAUUAUCUUGUUUACCAAAUUUAAAACAUGUAAAUCUUGGAUAUAAUAAACUUGAAACAGUACCCACCUUUAAUGAAGCUGCAUCACGUUUAUUACAAGUACUAGUUCUGAAGAAUAAUUACAUAGAAAGUUUAAAUGGUUUGCAAAGUUUGGAAUGUUUAACAGCAUUAGAUUUAUCUUACAAUUGUUUGAUGGAACAUUCAGUCUUGUGGCCUUUAGAGAAAAUGUCUGCUUUGUUAUGGGUAUCCUUAGAAGGCAAUCCCUUGUCAUAUCAUCCAAAACAUCGAUUAUUAUCCAUAAAACAUUUACAUCCAUGUUUGAGUGAUAGCAAGUUGGUUGUAGAUCAUUCAUCACUUUCAAGAUUAGAGAAGCAAAUUAUUGCAGAAAAUCGAUUCUUUAUCGUCAGAUCUGAAAAAUCCGUGUCGAACGAGUUACUCAACUCAGUGUCAAAUUCCUUAAAUUCUAGUAGUUUACUUACAUCUAUUAACACGUCUACGAUUAGUGAUUUUGUAGCAGGAACAUCUGCAGAAGGGACAGGUAGCAUGGAAAAAAGUUUUUCUAAAAGUAAAAAGAAAUCAAGCAUAAAGGAAGCAGUUAUCGCGGAAGUCGAGCAAGAAAAAGAUGAUUUAAAAACAGAUCGUAGUAUUUCUUGCUUAGAAAUUUCGAAAGGACAUUUAGAAACAAAAAAACAAAUUUUGGAGAUACGAAGAAGAUAUGGAGAAGAUAAGUGGUUAAGUAGUCAAGCUGGCACAUUUGUUCAAGAUAUUAUGGGAAUACAACCUCCGACAUAUUCAAUAACAUCGGAAUUUACGAUAGAAAAUUUAAACGCUAAAGAUAUUGUGCAUAGUAUUGAAGAUUCUGUGAAUCUUUUGAUGAAAGAUACACACAUUGAAUUAAACGAUAAAUCUGAAUCUUUAAAGCAAGAAAUUAAUGAAUUUAACGACGAAAAAAAUAGAAGUAAAGUAUUAACCGAAGAAGAGAAUAUUUCUGAGGUUUUACUGAACAAUGACACAAGCGUUCUUGAGAAUCUAUCUGAGCCUCCUUAUGAUCCAGAACAAGAAGUUGGGAAUUUGUACCGGGUUCAAAAAAGGAAAAAUUCAAACGAAUUGGAAGAUUUGUUUUUAAUAAUAACAACACAUGUUAUUCGAGAGAGAGAUUCACUUACUGGGAAACUGAGAUGCUGUUGGUCAACAAGUUCUGUAUUAUCGUGUGUACUUGGUAGAAGUGAACCAGUGACAGUAGAUAUAAUUUUCGAUACCACACGCGAACAUCGUAAAAACAGGAGAUAUUUCGUAGAACCAAACAUUGCAAAAGAAAUAGUUCAAAUAAUUAACGAGAGAAUAGAAAAAAGAACGAUAUUGUUGAAAGUUUUUAAAUGUAUGAAAUGUUCAACUCAUUUUUCCCAAGAUUCAGAAUAUAUUUUCAUAAGUUCAUCUGCAUCAGUUCCAGGUACAAACCAAUUGAAAUGUCCCACCUGUGGAAGUACUUUAGUUAUAGAAACAGACGAAUUAUCGAUGUUGGAUAUGGAAAAUGAUACUUCUAAAGGUUUAUUGGAAAGCGUAACCAAAAAUCAACAUUCUGAGAAUUCAGUAAAAACCAAUCUACAACAUUCUGAAUCUUCUUCUAGCAUUGGUGGAGCGGGGGUACGAGCUAUAUCCGUCACCACUUCUUUGGUGCACUCCGACUCUCACAUCCAAGCUCAAGUUCGCUGUUCAGCAACAAGUUUAGAGGAAUCAAGAGAAUCAACACCAUCUGCAAAUGUACUAGAUAAAAAAUAUGAAAGUGAUAUAGAAGUACUCAGCAAUCCAAGUGAAAGUAGCAUUGAAGUUCUAGAUGAUGGGUCAAGAACACAUCUUACACCACAUAGAAAGCGUUCUUCGGAGGAAAGACGUGCUGCAGUUGCUCCAUGUCUUUUAACAAUACCAGAUGCAGCACCAAUCAUGACUGGUUUAACAGAGAGUAGCUCUUCAGGUUCUUUAACGAAUAGUAUUUGUACCGCAUAUGAAAACAAAGCAAUGAGACAAAUUAGUGCAGAUGAAAAAUCCCUUAGUAAUAAUGAUAAAGAGACCAAAUCUACGCCAGUAACAAAUUUAACUUCUAUGCUAGGAGGACUACUUCAGAGUAUAAAAAUUGGCAGUAAUAAAACAUUAGAGCUAAAAACGGAAGAAACGUCGCAUUUAAUGGGUAGUAAUAUCCAGUAUUCUUAUGAGGAUUUCAGUAGUAUAGAUCAUAGAAUAAAACUACACAUCAUUUUAAAUAUAUUUGAACAUGAAAACGAAGAGCUUAUUCUUCUUCUCAGGGCAGAGAUCCUAAUGCAAAAUACAAAAGAUACAUUUCCUGGUUGUGUGGUUUUAUCUACAUCGAAAGUUUAUAUUCUUAAAAUUGUUGGACCAGAAGGAGAAGACCCACAACGCUGGUUGCAUAAAGAAAUUAGCUGGACUAUAGAUAGAUUAAGACGUUUCUCUCCGAUACCAUUUAAGCAAGGUGUCUUGAUUGAAUUAGAACAACCUAACAAAACAAAUGACGAAUUGAAUUCUACUAUUACAUUUUUAUGCGUUUUACAAGACUUACAAAGAACGCUCAACUUUUUGCUUUAUGUUACUGAUUUUUUAUUACCACCGAUUUGUGAAGAAGUCGAACUCAAAAUAUCAGAACAUUGUACUUCUUUAAUGCAUGAAUUAUUAAAAAAUUGCAAAAACUACCAAGAUAAAGAUACUGUUAGGCACCUUGCUUUAUUCUCUUCUGCCUUGUUAAAAUAUCAAGACCUCGAAAUUCAGCUGAAAUUAUCAAGCUUAAUAGUGACUACCUCCGUCUUGGUAAUAUGCAAUAUGCAGUGGCUUCUUCCAGGCAACAAGGAGUUGCCACAGAUAAUAAGAGAACAAGCAAUGAGCAAUUUGAUUGGAGUUGAACAUUAUAGCUCCUCAAUAACUUUGAAUUUCUUAGAUGAAAUAAUAGGACAAGAGGAAAGGUGGGUUUUAGACUUUGUUUCUAUGAGUGCUGCUGAAAUAGUCAUUACUUCUAUACGGUCUCCAUGGGAGGAACUGUUUUCAAUUCCCUUACAAAAUAUGGUUUGCAAAUCACAAGAUAGCGAAAACGCAUAGAACACUGAUAUGUACAGGAAAGUAUUCUAGUCGUAUAAAACACGUCAUGUGAACUUUUAAACGAAUAUAGGUUCAUUAAAUCAAAUUAAUAGUUUACGCAAUUUUGAUGUGUUAGUGAAACUCAUAGUUAAUUUGUACAGAAAUUGUAAUUUCACCAAAUGACCACAUAGAAUAGUAUAUUAUUUGACUAAUAAAAAUAUAUAAAAAUUAUAAUAUAGCAAAUAUUAUAUCAUAAAUAAUACUUGCUUGUUUUUAUUUUUAAUUGAUUUGUUAUUUUGUAUCUUUUUCCAACUAGAGAUUAUUUAAAUACUUAUUAUAAGAAAAUACAAUGUAAAAAUUGGGAAAAAUAUUUAAAAGUUUCAUAAGUAGUGUGAACAAUCAUUUUCAUAUCUAAAAAAAUUAAUUAUCUUAUACAGAUAUAUUUAUGGUAACUUUUUUUAAUUGUAUUGAAAUAUUAAAAAUAAUAUAUCUUUUUAAAUGGUUUCCAAUAAUUUUUUAUAUUCAAUUUGUUGAAAGACAUAAAAUUUCAAAUGGUGCUAUUAAUAUUAAGAUACAAUACAUAACCUUUUAUAUCAAUAAUUUAUUGUAUACAUUAAAUAACUGAAUGCUUCACAAAACAGAAGUUAUAGUUUAUUUAUUAUUUUAUUAUUAGGAACAUUAUACAUACUCUACUCAACAACAACAAAUUUGUUUUUUACUUGUCAUAAUGUUCAAUUUAAUAUAGUUAUCGAUACAAUGAAAAUUUUUAUAAUCACAUGAUUUUUAUAUUGCAAAGAGAAUAAAGUAUAUAAACUUGUCUUUUUUAAAAUAUGUUUUGGAAAUAUCAGAAGCAUAAAAAAGUAUUCAAAGAAUUUGUAUGCUUUCUUUGCAAUACUAUAGAAAUAAAUGCAAUUUUCAUCAUGAACAAUACUUAAAUAAUAAUCUGUGAUGAACUGAUUUUUAUUAUUUAUCUUUCUACCUAUACAUAUAUAUGUAUUUCGUGUGCAUGUGUACAUAUUGUAAAACUAUAUUAUAUUACGAUUUAUAACAAGAUGAAACAAAUGUAAGACAAUUUUAUAACAACUUUGUCAAAGUCACUAAUACCUUAGCUUAAAUAUUAGAGCUAAUUGUAAAUUUACGUAUUGUACCGAUUAUUCUUCGCAAAAUGUUGAAUUUCUAAAUAAUUAAUAUAACAAUGUAUUAUGAUGGUAUAUAUUAUUUGUAUAUAUGUAAAUAAAUUGUUAUAAUAUCUAUUAUACAAGCUA